AUGUCUGAUAGCAAAUUUGCUGAAGACCCCAUCCAACAGCUUUGGACCCUAGAAUCAGUCGGAAUCGUUGAUCAAGAUAUGUCACCUGAGGAUAAAUUUGUACUGGAAGAAUUCAAGAAUUCCAUCAGUAUGGUUGAAGGACGAUAUGAGAUCAUCAAAGAACAACUAUCUCUCGGCUUCAUUGAAACAGUGCCAGAAGAAGACCAAAACCGGACAAAUGUCCAUUAUUUACCCCAUUUACCUGUGAUUAAGGAUUCAACUACAACGCCCAUUCGUAUUGUAUUUGAUGCAAGUGCCCGGAUGGACAAGCAGGCCCCUAGCCUGAAUGAUUGCUUAUACUCUGGCCCAUCCUUGACUAGUCAUUUAACUGACUUGUUGUUGAAAUUCCGUCUCGACCCAUUUGCGGUAUCGGCAGACAUCAGCAAAGCCUUCUUACGGGUAGGUCUCCAACCUAGGGAUCGUGAUUAUACACGUUUCAUUUGGCUAAAAGAUCUUAACAAUGAAAAGGACCUUCAAGCCUAUAGGUUUAGAUCAGUUCUCUUUGGAGCCACCUGCUCGCCCUUUUUACUCAGUCAACUUGCAACAUCACUUUGA